AUGGUUUUAGUUCAAGAUUUAUUGCACCCAACUGCUGCCUCUGAAGCAAGAAAGCACAAAUUAAAGACUUUGGUUCAAAGCCCAAGAUCCUACUUUUUAGACGUUAAAUGCCCCGGUUGUUUGAACAUCACUACAGUUUUCUCUCAUGCCCAAACCGCGGUCACUUGCGAAUCAUGCUCCACAGUAUUGUGCACCCCAACUGGUGGUAAGGCCAAGCUUUCUGAAGGUACAUCUUUCAGAAGGAAGUAA